AUGUCGGCUCACAAUGAUGCCAAAGCAUUGGUAUCGAAUGCUUUGAUACCUCGACUCUCAUUUAGCAACGAUCUAUUUUUUCAUGGUCAGCGUCAGUUAACCGAGGAAGAAGCUGCACAAUUAAGGGUCUUUGUAAAUGAACGUCUAAAGGGUAAACCUUUAGCUUAUAUUAUUGGCAGAAAAGAGUUUUGGUCCAUGGAAUUUCUAGUGACGAAAGAAACACUUAUUCCACGCAGUGAUAGUGAAGUUCUUCUUGAGACAUUAAUGGAACAAUUUCAUCCAGAGACACCACUAGAGAUUCUUGAUAUUGGAACAGGCACAGGCUGUUUAUUACUCUCAGCUUUGUCCGAGUUUCCACAUGCUAUUGGAACUGGUAUUGAUAUCUCUCAAAAUGCUCUUGAUAUUGCAAGAAAAAACGCUUGGAUUCACAAAUUGAACGAUCGUACCAAGUUUUUACAUCGGGAUUUAAAGACGCUCUCAGGACUUGAAAAAAAGGACGAGGAUGAUGAUGAAGCAAUGUAUCAACGUUUUGAUGUGGUUUUAUUCAAUCCUCCGUACAUACCACGUCGAGAGUUGUAUCUUGUUGGAGCUGAUGUACUUGAGUAUGAACCUCAUGUUGCAUUAUUUCCAGAUGGUGGACCCACAUGUGAAGAUACUGGAGCCGAUCCCGAUGGGCUACGAAUGUAUCAAUUGCUGCAUAGAUGUGUUGAUAGUCUUUUUCGAAACCACGCAGAGCAUGCAGCAGGAUCCGAGUGUUUGCCUUUAACGACGAAAGAACGUGUCGGGAAGGACUAUACGAUCAAGAAAUGCCUUUUGAUGGAAGUCGGUUCGGAAGAUCAAGCACGUUCAGUACAAAAGCUUUUUACUACGAGAGCGACGACACCAAGUCGACGAAGUGCGAUUGAUAAUGAGUCUUUGCUGCAGUUUGAGCGUUUUUUAUAUGAUGCCAGUAGAAAAUGUCGUGGUGUGUACUUUACGGGACGUUAA